GCGCUGCCACCUCUCAGGCUCGUAGCGGUCCCUCAGGUGUCCUUCUCCAAGCCCAAGAAGACACCUUGGCAACGUGGGGCGGGUCCCCUCCAAGCCAGGGGACCCUCGGGGAACCUAACAGAAGGAGCAUCGGCAUCACCGCCUCAGCCAGCACUUGCCAAAGCACCUUCCCAGGUCGGGGGUGGGAGGCAAGGUCUUUCCUCGCCGGGCCGGGGACACACCUGGUGCUACUUGAGCAGCGCGCCCACCUGGGUGCCCGCCCUCACACGCGGUCCUGCCAGCACGUCAGCGCCCGAGCCCUGCCGGGACCCCCUAGGCCGCCCGCGCGUCCCCACCCCGCCGCGCGGUGGCCUCCGCCUUCGCUCGCGCAGGCGCACGCCGCGCCUGGCAGCCCUUGGCGCUGUCAUGGCGGCCGGGAGCAGCUUCAGUGGGCGCUGGGACAGCCGUGCGAUCCGCGGCGGGGCGAGCUGUGCCAGUAGCAUCCUCAUCACCGCCAGCAGCCUCAGCCGCGGCGUCCGUGGCGCCGGCAGCGGCUGUUUUUGCAAAGGUUGAGCGCAGGGGUGGGGCGGACCAGGAAGCCAUAGAGUUCUGUGCAGCCGCGGACUCCCGGGGAGCCGACUAGGGAAACUUGGAGGCUGCGACCAGGUGCACUGACCUCUCUCUCCUCCCUCCUCUCCUCGCCAUCUCCACCGGGCAUCCCCUCCUUUCUGGCCACAACACACCUGCCCUGCUCUCCCCGUGGAACCUCAGGUGCUUGAGAGGUGAUCCACUCCUCCCCCUGGGCCGAGCGUUGAGAAUAAUCACCGCCCCCUUCCCCCGCCUUUUCCUGCCCUGGAUCUCCGCCGCCACCUCCGGCUCGCGGCUCCCUGGCGGGGGGUGAGGACGGGUCCGGAGGCUCAGGGGUUUGGCGUUGUUGUCAGCCUCGGGGAGAGAGAUUGGACAAAUAUUCUCCAAGAGGAGGAGGGCGACGCCAAGGACUUUCCACUUCAACUGCUUUUGGGGGUUCUCCACAACUUGGGAGAGGGACCCUUUUCGUUUUGCGUUGCGUGUGCUUAUUACCAGUGCAGCGAUUGCUGUAUCCAGAGUGACUCCGAGUUGCUCGAGAACUAGCGAUGGCUAGUGAAGACUACGUCCCUUCCCCGCCACCAACAGGUGAUGACGGGGGAGGUGGAGGGAAAGGAGAAGAAACCUCUGCCGAAGAGGGUGCAUUGUCCCUGAAACCAGGGCUCCCCAUUAGGGGCAUCAGAAUGAAAUUUGCCGUGUUGACGGGGCUGGUUGAAGUUGGAGAAGUAUCCAAUAGGGAUAUUGUAGAAACUGUCUUUAACCUGUUGGUCGGAGGGCAGUUUGAUUUGGAAAUGAAUUUCAUUAUCCAAGAAGGUGAGAGUAUCACCUGCAUGGUGGACCUCCUGGAAAAAUGUGACAUUACUUGCCAAGCAGAAGUCUGGAGCAUGUUUACAGCCAUCCUGAAGAAAAGCAUCCGGAAUCUUCAAGUCUGCACCGAAGUAGGCCUUGUGGAAAAAGUGCUGGGGAAAAUUGAAAAAGCUGACAAUAUGAUAGCAGAUCUUUUAGUUGACAUGUUGGGAGUGCUGGCUAGCUAUAAUUUGACAGUUCGAGAACUGAAGCUAUUCUUCAGUAAACUUCAAGGAGAUAAAGGACAAUGGCCUCCGCAUGCUGGGAAGUUGCUCUCUGUGUUAAAGCAUGUGCCCCAGAAGUACGGUCCUGAUGCCUUUUUCAGCUUCCCGGGAAAGAGUGCUGCAGCUAUCGCAUUACCUCCUAUAGCCAAAUGGCCAUACCAGAAUGGUUUCACAUUUCAUACCUGGCUUAGAAUGGAUCCUGUAAAUAACAUCAAUGUGGAUAAGGAUAAACCAUAUUUGUAUUGUUUCAGAACCAGCAAAGGUCUUGGUUAUUCUGCUCACUUUGUGGGGGGCUGUUUGAUUAUAACCUCAAUAAAGUCAAAAGGAAAAGGCUUUCAGCACUGUGUGAAAUUUGAUUUCAAACCACAAAAGUGGUAUAUGGUAACUAUAGUGCACAUUUAUAACCGAUGGAAGAACAGUGAGCUUCGAUGUUAUGUAAAUGGUGAACUAGCUUCCUAUGGAGAGAUAACAUGGUUUGUCAACACCAGUGAUACCUUUGACAAAUGUUUCCUGGGCUCAUCAGAAACAGCAGAUGCUAACAGAGUGUUCUGUGGUCAGAUGACUGCAGUUUACCUUUUUAGCGAAGCUCUUAAUGCAGCUCAGAUUUUUGCUAUUUAUCAGUUGGGCUUGGGAUACAAGGGUACAUUUAAAUUCAAAGCAGAAAGUGACCUGUUCCUUGCUGAGCAUCACAAGCUUUUACUGUAUGAUGGCAAGCUGUCUAGUGCCAUUGCGUUCACAUACAAUCCUCGCGCUACGGACGCCCAGCUCUGCCUCGAAUCAUCCCCUAAGGACAACCCUUCAAUUUUCGUUCAUUCUCCACAUGCGCUCAUGCUUCAGGACGUGAAGGCAGUUUUAACACAUUCCAUCCAAAGUGCAAUGCAUUCAAUUGGAGGAGUACAGGUGCUGUUUCCGCUUUUUGCUCAGCUGGAUUAUCGGCAACACUUAUCUGAUGAGGUUGACUUGACUAUUUGCUCAACUUUGCUGGCUUUUAUCAUGGAGCUCUUGCGGAACUCAAUUGCUAUGCAAGAGCAGAUGCUUGCCUGCAAGGGCUUUUUGGUGAUAGGAUAUAGUCUUGAAAAGUCUUCCAAAUCCCAUGUCAGCAGGGCAGUGCUUGAACUUUGCCUUGCAUUUUCAAAAUACCUGAGUAAUCUGCAAAAUGGGAUGCCGCUACUCAAGCAGUUGUGUGAUCACAUUCUUCUUAACCCAGCUAUAUGGAUUCAUACCCCAGCCAAGGUUCAGUUGACACUUUAUACUUAUCUGUCCACUGAAUUCAUUGGUACUGUCAACAUCUAUAAUGCCAUUCGGAGAGUUGGAACAGUGCUUCUUAUCAUGCACACGCUGAAAUACUACUACUGGGCAGUGAACCCUCAGGAUCGAAGUGGCAUCACCCCCAAAGGAUUAGAUGGACCACGGCCUAAUCAGAAAGAAAUACACUCUCUAAGAGCAUUCCUAUUGAUGUUCAUUAAACAAUUAGUGAUGAGGGAUUCUGGGGUAAAGGAAGACGAACUACAGUCCAUUCUUAAUUACCUGCUCACUAUGCAUGAGGAUGACAAUCUAAUGGAUGUCCUACAACUGCUUGUUGCAUUAAUGUCAGAACAUCCUAACUCUAUGAUACCUGCUUUUGACCAAAGAAAUGGGUUACGUGUUAUCUAUAAACUGAUGGCAUCAACAAGUGAAGGAAUCAGAGUACAAGCUCUUAAAGCAAUGGGAUAUUUUUUAAAACACCUCGCCCCAAAAAGGAAAGCUGAAGUCAUGCUUGGACAUGGAUUGUUUUCAUUGCUAUCUGAAAGACUCAUGCUUCAGACAAAUUUAAUCACAAUGACCACAUAUAAUGUCCUGUUCGAGAUUCUUAUAGAACAGAUUUGUACGCAAGUGAUACAUAAACAGCAUCCAGAUCCUGAUUCUACAGUAAAGAUACAAAAUCCUCAAAUACUGAAAGUAAUUGCGACCCUACUUCGAAAUUCUCCUCAGUGCCCAGAGAGCUUGGAAGUUCGCAGAGCCUUUCUUUCUGAUAUGAUUAAACUUUUUAAUAACAGUAGAGAAAACAGAAGGAGCUUGCUACAAUGCUCUGUGUGGCAAGAGUGGAUGCUUUCUCUCUGCUAUUUUAAUCCUAAGAAUUCAGAUGAGCAGAAGAUAACAGAAAUGGUAUACGCCAUAUUCAGAAUCCUCCUUUACCAUGCAGUCAAAUAUGAGUGGGGUGGCUGGCGCGUGUGGGUCGACACCUUGUCAAUUACGCAUUCAAAGGUCACUUUUGAAAUACACAAAGAAAACCUUGCCAAUAUAUUUAGAGAGCACCAGGGAACUGUUGAUGAAGAACUAGAGCAAUAUUCUUCAAGUUCAGUUCAAGCAGUCUCCGGCAUCGGCAGGGAUGUAAACGUUUCGGUAGGAUCCCAGCAGUCAGAUACAAACGAUUCUCCUGUGUCUGCCCAUGUUGCCAGAGAUAGUGAUGAAAAGUCAAGUACUGAGAAGACAAGUUCAGUCGACUCUGCAUCCAACAUUGAACCACAAACUCAUGAUACGCCUAACGGAGGAGGAGAAACAGGGCAAGAAAAUCAGGAGUUACUGGAUGAAGUCCCUUUAGAAGAAACACCUGUAAAUGAAACAAUUAACGCAGGUGAUUUAGAAGUAUCUUCUGACUUAAUAGAAGCUGGGACCACUUCUUCUGAUACUGUGAAAACAACUGGAAAAGACAUGACUGUCAGUGAAGUAAGUGCUUCUGUAAGUUCCCCUUCAGAAGAGGAUGCCUCAGAGGUGCCCGAAUUACUGGAUAAGUCUAUAGGAGAAGAAGAAGAUGAUGAUGACUAUGUAGAGCUGAAGGUGGAAAGUAGUCCUAAUGAGGAAGCCAGCCUACCCACAGAGCUCCAAAACAAUAGUUUGUCUCCAGCUACAAGUAAAGCCAGUGAAAGACUCGACAUGUUUCCUAAUGACCAAAAAUUAGAAUUUCAAGAGGAGGAACCUGUAAGUAAGAAGCAAACUGAUACUGAAACUCAAGAUUCUAAAGAUUCCGGAAUCUUGACUAUGACUGCGUCAGGGUCUUCAGCUACCUCACCAGACACUUCUGCUUCCCGAGCAACUGCACAAUCAGAUGCUGGUCAGCUGCCGGAGGAAGGGAAGAAAACAACCAACUUUGCUAGAGAAACCAAACUAACUAAUGAUUCUCAUGGUAAUGUGGAGUCUCUCAGUACUUCUGAGCAGAAGAUUGCAAAGUUGGAUGUUUCCAGCGUUGCCACAGAUACUGAGAGACUGGAAUUGAAGGCCAGUACAAACAUGGAAGCAUCGCAACCUCAUCAACCUGCGCUUGAGACAUCAAGGCAACAGGAACAGUCAGGGCCAGAAACAGCACCAGAGGCCGUUAAUGGACAAAGGAGGGAUUCCAGAUCUAUGUUUCGUAUUCCUGAGUUCAAAUGGUCUCAAAUGCAUCAACGAUUGCUCACUGAUCUGUUAUUUUCAAUAGAAACAGAUAUACAAAUGUGGAGAAGCCAUUCAACAAAGACAGUUAUGGACUUCGUGAAUAGCAGUGAUAAUGUCAUCUUUGUACACAACACAAUUCAUCUCAUCUCUCAAGUGAUGGACAACAUGGUCAUGGCUUGUGGGGGUAUACUGCCAUUGCUUUCAGCUGCUACAUCGGCUACACAUGAACUAGAAAAUAUUGAACCCACUCAAGGCCUUUCAAUUGAAGCCUCUGUGACAUUUUUGCAAAGGAUAAUCAGUCUUGUGGAUGUGCUAAUAUUUGCAAGUUCUCUUGGCUUUACCGAAAUUGAAGCUGAAAAAAAUAUGUCAUCUGGAGGAAUUUUACGGCAGUGUCUCCGUUUAGUGUGUGCAGUGGCAGUAAGAAAUUGCUUAGAGUGUCAGCAGCAUUCACAGCUGAAAGCUAGAGGCGAUUCAGCGAAAGGCCAGAGAGCCAUGCACAGCCUGAUUCCUGUGGGGAAGUCCGCAGCAAAGAGUCCAGUGGACAUGGUAACUGGUGGUAUAUCUCCAGUAAGAGAUUUUGACAGGCUCCUACAAGACAUGGAUAUUAACCGCCUUAGGGCAGUUGUCUUCAGAGACAUUGAGGAUAGCAAACAAGCUCAGUUUUUAGCCUUGGCAGUUGUGUAUUUUAUCUCUGUUCUCAUGGUGUCGAAGUACAGAGACAUUUUGGAGCCCCAACACGAAAGGCGCAGCCAGUCAUUCAGGGAAUCUGGUAGUGAAAGUGUGACUUUAUCACUCUCUGAUGUAGAAAACACGCCAGCAGCGUUCAGCCCGUUAACUCCAGCAUCAGCAGAAGAAUCUGAAAGCACAUCAUCUGCCCGAAGGAGGGACUCGGGCAUUGGGGAGGAAACAGCUACGGGCUUAGGAAGCAGCGUGAAUGUAUCUCCCCCUCCAGCCUCUCCGGGUGUCAGUGCAGGCCCCGAUGCCAUCAGCGAGGUGCUGUGCACUCUUUCUUUAGAAGUCAAUAAAUCUCAGGAAACCAAAAAUGAUGGAGGAAAUGAGUUGGAUCACAAGGCUGCACCAUCAGUUCCAGUUUCAAAAAAUGUCAACGUCAAGGACAUCCUCCGAAGUUUGGUUAGCAUCCCAGCCGAUGGAGUCUCAGUGGACCCUGCCCUUCUGCCGCCAACCUGCCUCGGAGCUCUUGGGGACCUGUCUGUAGAACAACCUGUGCAGUUCAGAUCUUUUGACAGUGCCAGCCUUUGUGAUAAAAAUCCGUGGAUUCAGGCAGACCCAGGUAUUCAAAAAGGCGUUCAGAGCCUUGGCAGCUUGAGGGAGCUGACAGCGGAUCCCUGGCUUUGUGGUAGAUCAUCUAAUGCAAAAUUGCCUUCGGUUCCAGCAGUUGGUUCAGUUCCACAAGACCAAGUUUCCAAUAUGAGUAUUACAGAGAGGCUGGAACAUGCUUUGGAAAAGGCAGCCCCUCUUCUGCGAGAGAUUUUUGUGGAUUUUGCACCUUUUCUCUCUCGGACACUUUUGGGUAGCCAUGGACAAGAACUGCUUAUAGAAGGAACAAGUCUGGUUUGCAUGAAGUCUAGUAGUUCAGUUGUGGAGUUGGUUAUGCUACUGUGUUCACAGGAGUGGCAGAAUUCUAUUCAAAAGAAUGCAGGCCUGGCUUUUAUUGAACUCGUCAAUGAAGGAAGGUUGCUUAGCCAAACAAUGAAGGAUCAUCUAGUAAGAGUGGCAAAUGAAGCUGAAUUUAUCCUGAGCAGGCAGAGAGCAGAAGAUAUUCACAGACAUGCGGAAUUUGAGUCACUGUGUGCCCAGUAUUCUGCUGACAAACGAGAAGAUGAGAAGAUGUGUGAUCACUUGAUAAGAGCAGCUAAAUAUCGAGACCAUGUGACAGCAACUCAGCUAAUCCAGAAAAUUAUCAACAUUCUCACAGACAAGCAUGGAGCCUGGGGAAAUUCUGCAGUAAGUCGUCCUCGUGAGUUCUGGCGCCUUGACUACUGGGAAGAUGACUUGCGGCGCCGGCGACGAUUUGUGCGUAACCCUCUAGGAUCGACACAUCCUGAAGCGACACUAAAAACAGCCGUGGAACAUGCUGCAGAUGAAGAUAUCCUCGCUAAAGGAAAACAGUCCAUCAAGAGCCAGGCUUUAGGAAAUCAGAGCUCUGAAAACGAGAUCCUCCUGGACGGCGACGACGAUACUCUGUCAUCCGUGGAAGAGAAAGAUCUAGAGAAUCUCACCGGUCCUGUUAGCCUGAGCACACCCGCUCAGCUUGUGGCCCCCUCUGUUGUGGUAAAGGGCACUCUUUCUGUCACCUCCUCCGAACUCUAUUUCGAGGUGGAUGAAGACGACCCCAACUUCAAGAAUAUCGACCCCAAGAUCCUGGCAUAUACAGAAGGGCUUCAUGGAAAAUGGCUGUUCACAGAGAUAAGAUCAAUCUUUUCUCGUCGCUAUCUUUUGCAAAAUACAGCCCUGGAGAUCUUUAUGGCAAACAGAGUUGCUGUAAUGUUCAACUUCCCUGACCCUGCAACAGUGAAGAAAGUGGUUAACUACCUACCUCGUGUUGGCAUUGGAACUUGUUUUGGAUUGCCUCAAACCAGGCGUAUAUCAUUAGCUAGUCCCCGUCAACUUUUUAAAGCUUCUAAUAUGACCCAGCGAUGGCAACAUAGAGAGAUUUCAAAUUUUGAAUACUUGAUGUUUCUCAACACAAUAGCAGGACGGACGUACAAUGACUUAAAUCAGUAUCCAGUGUUUCCGUGGGUCAUCACUAAUUAUGAAUCCGAAGAAUUGGACCUUACCUUGCCAAGUAACUUCAGAGAUUUAUCCAAGCCAAUAGGAGCUUUGAAUCCAAAGAGAGCAGCAUUCUUUGCAGAGCGCUAUGAAUCAUGGGAAGACGAUCAAGUUCCAAAGUUCCACUAUGGUACUCAUUACUCAACUGCAAGUUUUGUUCUUGCAUGGCUGCUAAGAAUAGAACCCUUCACAACUUAUUUCCUAAAUUUGCAAGGAGGGAAAUUUGAUCAUGCAGAUCGAACUUUUUCAUCAGUUUCCAGAGCUUGGCGAAACAGUCAGCGUGAUACAUCUGAUAUUAAGGAGUUGAUUCCUGAAUUUUAUUAUCUCCCUGAGAUGUUUGUCAACUUCAAUAAUUACAAUCUUGGAGUGAUGGAUGAUGGGACAGUAGUGUCUGAUGUUGAACUUCCUCCUUGGGCCAAAACCUCAGAAGAAUUUGUUCGCAUAAACAGAUUGGCCCUGGAGAGUGAAUUUGUUUCCUGCCAGCUUCACCAAUGGAUUGAUCUCAUUUUUGGCUACAAACAGCAAGGACCAGAGGCUGUUCGAUCCCUCAAUGUGUUCUAUUACCUGACCUAUGAAGGAGCUGUCAACCUGAAUUCAAUAACUGAUCCUGUAUUGAGAGAGGCUGUGGAAGCUCAAAUCCGCAGUUUUGGACAGACGCCGUCCCAGCUCCUCAUAGAGCCCCACCCUCCCAGGGGCUCUGCCAUGCAGGCGUAUCUCCUCCUGCAGAGCCCAUUGAUGUUCACAGACCAAGCCCAGCAGGAUGUCAUCAUGGUCCUGAAGUUCCCUUCUAACUCCCCUGUCACCCACGUGGCAGCCAACACCCAGCCCGGCCUGCUGACCCCUGCCGUGAUCACGGUCACUGCUAACAGGCUGUUCGCCGUGAACAAGUGGCACAACCUUCCCGCUCAUCAAGGUGCCGUACAAGACCAGCCAUACCAGCUGCCAGUGGAAAUCGAUCCUCUCAUAGCCAGCAACACGGGAAUGCACAGGAGACAAAUCACUGACCUUCUAGACCAAAGUAUUCAAGUCCAUUCCCAGACAUUUGUCAUCACUUCAGACAACCGUUACAUCCUCAUCUGUGGCUUCUGGGAUAAGAGUUUCCGAGUCUAUUCCACAGACACAGGAAAAUUGAUCCAAGUGGUGUUUGGCCAUUGGGAUGUUGUCACUUGCCUCACUCGUUCUGAGUCGUACAUUGGGGGAAAUUGUUACAUUCUCUCCGGGUCACGUGAUGCAACCCUUCUGCUCUGGUACUGGAAUGGAAAAACCAGUGGGAUUGGAGAUAACCCAGGCAGUGGGACCAGCACUCCGCGGGCCAUUCUGACAGGCCAUGACUAUGAGAUCACUUGUGCUGCAGUCUGUGCUGAGCUGGGCCUGGUGUUAAGUGGAUCCAAAGAAGGACCAUGUCUCAUACAUUCCAUGAAUGGAGACUUGUUAAGGACUUUGGAGGGUCCUGAAACCUGCCUGAAACCAAAGCUCAUUCAGGCUUCAAGAGAGGGCCACUGUGUCAUAUUCUACGACAAUGGCUUCUUCUGUACAUUCAGCGUGAAUGGAAAACUCCAGGCUACCAUGGAAACAGACGAUAACAUAAGGGCCAUCCAGCUGAGCCGGGACGGGCAGUACCUGCUCACAGGCGGUGAUAACGGCGUGGUGAUGAUCUGGCAGGUGUGCGACCUCAGGCAGCUGUUCGCCUACCCGGGCUGCGACGCCGGCAUCCGGGCCAUGGCCCUGUCUCACGACCAGAGGUGCAUCAUUUCUGGCAUGGCCUCAGGAAGCAUCGUUCUCUUCUACAAUGACUUUAACAGGUGGCAUCACGAAUACCAAACCCGCUACUGAUGGAGACAGCUGCACGUCAGCCUUGCCCCCCGCGGGGCGGGCAGCACCCCGAGCAUCUUUCUCUUAGAAAUAGUUAUCACAUCUGAAUGUAACUUAAAUUUGCUUAAGAAGCAAAAUAUUUUUUAAAGUUAAUUGCUAUUUUUGUAGACUUUGCUUGACUUUUUGGGUGGGUGGGGGGAUGGUAUAGCAAAGCAGAAAACUGGCUGCUGGGUUCUGUAGUUUAAAAAAAAAUCUAUAUUUUUAGUCAUAAUGAGAAGUCUAUUUUCACCAAUUAUGGAAAGAUACAGUGGAGUGAGUAAACCCAUUUAUUCUAGCUAUAUUAUGAAAAAACAAUUCCCAUUUAUCUGUAAUCUUGAGAAAUAUAUGAUUUUAACAAUAGGGAAAAUGGGUUAUAAUACUGGGAUAGGGGAAUUUUAUGCUGUACUUUGGGUCCUGUAUUUUUUCAAACAAUUGUGCUUAAGCGCGGAAAUUUGGGGGAUUUAAAUAGUAAUGUUUAAAUUAUGGUAAAUGUAAUUUAAGACAUCUCAAUGAAUUGUUUCUAUCAAUAGUCUUCUUCAAGCAUGUUUUAGACCUAGAAAAUUAUGGUUUGGGGGAGGCUAUUUUAUUGUGUGGUUAACGUAAGGAUCUAAUGUUAUAGCAAGUGUGAAAUAUUUAAAAUGUUUUCCUGAUCUGUCGUCUUCAUAGCACACCAAAAUGAAAUGAUUGGAAUGUUCUUGGUCUCACAGCAUUUUUCUUUUAAAGUCGCAAGUACCAAAGCUCACCCCUGAGGUUUGACUUGCCCCCCAUACGAGGCAGAGUCUGCCUCGUGCUCCCCUCCCCCACCCAGGUCUGAGCACGGAGGCUCCCAGGUGCUGUGUUAGGCAACACCCCUUUUCCCUUCUAUUUGUUAUUCAACUAUCUUCACCCUCCUUUUGAUUAGCAAUUUGUACUAAGAAACAAUGUUAUUUUGGUGUUGUAUAAUUCUACUUUUCUAGUAGACUGCUGUGUGGAAUUCUGUGAAAAAAUAUUUGAGAAAAGGUCUGUAAUGCACAAAUAAAUCCUUUGUAAGUUGUGCACUUUGA